AUGAUGAGCAGCUCAUCCAGCCCAGCUGAGUUCUACGGGGACAGCACCUCCCUCCUGUCCAUAGACUCCAGCGUCUUCUACAGCGAGCCCCCUCUUGUCUGUGGCGACCCACUGGACUUCUUCACCAUCAAUGUGGGUGGCAGCCGCUACGUUCUCUCCCAGGAGCUGCUGGCAUCCCACCCAGAAACCCGGCUGGGCAAGCUGGCCCUGUCCACACGGGACUCUGCCCUGGAGCUCUGCGAUGACACUGACUUCCUGGAGAAUGAGUUCUUCUUCGACCGCAGCUCACAGACCUUCCAGUAUGUGAUAAACUUCUACCGCACAGGCCACCUGCAUGUCAGGGAGGAGCUUUGCGUGCUCUCCUUCUUCCAGGAGAUUGAGUACUGGGGCAUCGACGAGCUCUGCAUCGAUCCCUGCUGCCGGGGACGCUACUACCGCCGCAAGGAGCUCAAGGAGAGCCUGGACGUGCGGAACGAGGCUGAGGCUGACGAAAGCCAGGACGAAGACUUCAACGACGCCGCAUGCCCAGAUCUCCGCCGGCGCCUGUGGGACCUGCUGGAGAAGCCAGAGUCUUCACGAGCGGCACGCGCCUUCGGCACGCUGUCAAUCAUCUUCGUGGCGGUAUCCAUUGUCAACAUUGUGCUCAUCUCGCUGGACCUGGGGGAUGUGGGUGGGAACGGGAUCGGUGACGAGAGUGGGGGCAGUGACGGGGGUACACCUUUCUUCGUGGAUGCACUGGAAUAUGUGUGCGUGGUGUGGUUCACUGGCGAGCUGGUGCUACGCUUCGUCUGUGUACGCGACAAGUGCCGCUUCACCCGUAGCAUUCCCAAUGUGAUCGACCUGCUAGCCAUCCUCCCCUUCUAUGUGACUCUGGCAGUUGAGAGUCUGCACGGUGGCUCUACAGAGCUGGAGAACAUGGGCCGCGUGGUGCAGGUGCUCAGGCUCAUGAGGUCCCUGCGCAUGCUCAAACUGGGACGCCACUCCACAGGCCUCAAGUCCCUGGGCCUGACCAUCACCCAGUGCUACGAGGAGGUGGGUCUCCUGCUCCUCUUCCUCUCCGUGGGCAUCUCCAUCUUUGCCAUGGUGGAGUUUUCCCUGGAGCAUGACAUCCCCGGUACCACCUUCAGCAGCGUGCCGUGUGCCUGGUGGUGGGCCACCACCUCCAUGACCACGGUGGGCUACGGAGACAUCCGCCCCGACACCACCCUGGGCAAGGUACUGGCCUUUCUCUGCAUUUUGUCUGGAAUCCUGAUCUUGGCACUGCCCAUCGCUAUCAUCAACGAACGCUUCUCUGCCUGCUACUUCACUCUCAAGAUGAAGGAGGCGGCGCUGCGGCACGGGGAGGCGCUCAAGAGGCUGGCGCGGGGUUCACUGGGUGACUCGGAGGUGGGUGAGGCAGCAAGGGGAGGAGGGGUGAACCUGAGGGAUGUUUACGCUAGGAGUGUGACGGAGAUGCUGAAGCUGCAGGGGAGGGAGAGGGCCAGCACACGGAGUAGUGGAGGGGGUGAGCUCUGGUGGUAG